UGCGAAGCCUUUGAGGACGUGGCUUGGAACCGACGCCGCGCGCCCCCUUUUCCGCUUGCAACUUUUUCGGUCGGACUUUGCAAAAGCUGCCCUCGCGUGGGAUCCCAUGGCAUAUCCCCCCGGCUAUGGGGGGCCAGGCUCCAAGCACCGGGCCAGAGGGGUCCCCAUGGUCCCCACAGGACCGGCCAAGCGCCCCCCAGUCCUCUCUCGAUGACACCAGCUUCGGCCUACUGGGACCCCAGUGCUAGUGGCUUGAUCCUGUCCUCACCGGGACUCGUACAUGGGUUCUCAACCAGACUCUUUUGCCGAUCCGGUGGCCAACGCCGCGAUGGUCUAUGGCUCCAGCAUUGCAUCUCAGGGCAAAGAGAUUGUGCACAAGGAGAUUGACCGGUUCAUGUCGAUUAACAAGCUGAAGUAUUUCUUCGCGGUGGAUACAAGCUACGUCAUGAAGAAGCUGGCGUUGCUGGUGUUUCCUUACGUACAUCAGAACUGGGAAGUCCGCUACCACAGAGACGUGCCCCUCCCGCCUCGACAAGAUGUGAACGCCCCGGACCUCUACAUCCCAAGCAUGGCCUUUAUUACCUAUAUUCUGCUGGCUGGAAUGGCUCUCGGCCUGCAAAAAAGGUUCUCCCCAGAGGUCCUGGGCAUAUGCGCCAGCACGGCCUUCGUGUGGGUGGUUAUCGAAGUCCUGGCCCUCCUCCUGGGCUUGUACCUCAUCACAGUUCAGAGCGACCUCGGCACAUUCGACUUGCUUGCUUACUGCGGCUACAAAUAUGUCGGGAUGAUCCUUGUUGUGGUUGGGGGCCUAAUCUUUGGAAGCAAUGGCUAUUACAUCGCCUUGGCAUGGGCCUCGUGUGCUCUUAUGUAUUUCAUGGUCCGCUCCUUACGGAUGAAGAUCCUCCCGUCGGUGGUGCAGGAGGGGCUCAGCCGGCCCAGCGGGAGAGCCCAGAUGUACAUCACGCUGGCGGCUGCAGCCUUCCAGCCUCUCAUGCUAUACUGGCUGACGGUGCAGCUGGUGCAUUGAGUGGGGCGAGGGAGAGGCAGCGGAGAGUGGCUCGGACCACAGCAGGAUGCGCGGAGGAUCCUCUCCGCAAAGAGCCUCUUGCUGUCUUCCCGGUUUCCAGAAACACUAUGAAGAUCUGAGCUCCGUCACCCCACCACUCCUGAAGCCCUGGGAUCAACAUCUAAGGGCAAACCGGGGGGCGAGCGCAGGCGUCUGUGCUCUGUCCCUCCCGGGGAUGAUGCUGAACUGAGAAAGGUCUGCGUCCCGUCAGUGCUCCACUGCCAUCUCGAUUCGUCCAAAAGCGGAGAGAAAAUACUGGUCCAGAAUUCUGCCUUCUCGCUGCCCUGCGAGGUGGAGGGAUCCUCCAGCAGCCCGUUCCGCUGGGUCAGUUUUCUAAUUCUUCCUUUCGAGGCCUAGAAUGGGGCAGGUGGGAGAGCGGCCCUCGAUCUCGGUCACGCAAGCCGGUUCCUAUGCAAACCGCUUGAGAGGGGAGUUGCUGUUUUCAUGCAUUUUUGCCUUCUGGAACAAAGUGCCCUUUCUUUUUCCCCCUUGGAGCCGCCGGUUCCUCCACUUGGACAUCCUGUGUUCUGUCUCAGCUAGAAGGCAGUGUCGGCCUACAUCCCCAGAGCAACUAGUGUUCAGUGGCAUUUUGCCUCGCGGUGGUACACCCUCGGACGGUACUUCCAGAGCCGCGGCCUGUCGCGCUCCUUCCAUCCUCCUUUGUUAUCCUUUAUAAAUAUAUUGAGAGUU